AAAUUGAUAACCCAUUUGAAUCUCAAACUCAAACUUAAAACUCUUCUCUAUCUAUAUAACGCACCUUCUUCUUGUUCACUUCACUCUCUCUCUCUCUCUCUCACUUUUUCUCUUGACACGGAAAGAAACAACAUCUGAAUUCUGAUGGGUUUCCCAGUGGGGUACUCGGAGCUCCUCUUCCCGAAGCUUCUCCUUCACAUCCUCUCCCUCCUGGGCCUCCUCAGGAAGCUGAUUUGCAGCCUCCUCCGCUUCAUGGGCCUCCACGACUUCCUCGAGCCCGACAUUGCCUGGGCCGAAACCCAGACCCGAGUGCCCGAAGAGUUCGAAUCCGUGUCGGCCACGCUCAUCCGGGAAAUCCUGCCGGUGGUGAAGUUCCGGGAGCUGGUGGAUCCCCCGGAGACGUGCGCGGUGUGUCUGAGCGAGUUCGAGGAAAACGAUGAGAUCAGACGGCUGGCGAAUUGUCGUCACAUAUUCCACCGAGGAUGUUUGGACCGUUGGAUGGGGUACGAUCAGAGAACCUGCCCUCUUUGCAGAACGGCCUUUAUACCGGACGAAAUGCAAGGUGCUUUUAUUCAGAGACUCUGGGCUGCCUCUGGGAUCGCUGAUCCUUUGUAGUAUGCUACUAUAUAUAUUCUAAAUAUUUCCUUUUUUUGGGGAAAUCAAAAGCCUGAACCAGAAGAGGUUUUUUCUUUUUUUGUUUAUGUGUAGUGUAUAUAUACAGAGGUCAUGGAAAUACUCAGACUUCUAUCAAUUGUAUAUCGAUUUCUUUUAGAUGAUGGAUUUUUGUAGAAUUGGGAUCUGGUUCGUCUCAUAUUUUGACCUAUACAACAUAAUUGGAAUUUAA